CCCCUCCUCUUCGUCUGCUCCAAGACUCCUGAGUAAAUUCCUGCUAGCUGAACAGGGAACCUGAACGUGCAGAGGAAAAGCGACCGGAUCUGCUAAUAAAUAAUUGAAAACAUUCACAUACAUCGCAGAACACUGCCGGAGCUGCCACAAGAUAACCCGUGUUUCCUCUCGGAUUCAGAAGAUGGGCUCCUAACCAUAUUCAGUUCCCGCAACUAACACUGCAGCCUCAAUGAGCCACACUGCAAGUUCCCACAUGACAGACUCUGCAAAAACAGGGGGGAGCCUCCUAUCGAGCUUGGGCCCGUCUCCAGACAGAAUGCGCUCCCCAGGCAGCCUGGCCACCCCCAGCCCGAAAGGGGGAACCCCAAACUCCAGCCCGCCCCUACUGCUGUCCCCAGGGUUCGGGGGAGGCGAGGGGGGAGACUGGGAGGGCCGGGAGGAGCUGCGGCUGCGAGAGCUGGAGGAGGCGCGCGCACGGGCAGCCCAGAUGGAGAAGACGAUGCGCUGGUGGUCAGACUGCACCGCCAACUGGAGGGAGAAGUGGAGCAAGGUGAGGGCGGAGAGGAACAAGGCCCGGGACGAGGUCCGGCAGCUGCGGCAGAGGCUGGACACCCUGACCAAGGAGCUGACCGCAGUCCGCAGAGAGAGGCAGGAGCUCUCCAAUGAGAAUGAGCAGCUCAGGCAGGAGACUGGAUGCCUCCGUGAUGACAGGACAACCCCCACCACCGACGCUACUACUAAUGCCCAGCCCUGCCUUGCUCUGAACUCGCCCCCCUCCCAGACCCUCGACAACAAGCUGGUCUCUGAGGGGCUGGGGUCCCCUGAGCAGGAGCCCGUGCGGGACGUGGGGACGGAGAAACCCGAUAGUACCAAGGAGCUGGAGCUGCUGGAGUCCCUGCUGCGGGCGAAGGUGGCCGAGGGUCCAGAGAACUGGGACGGGCGCAGUGCGGGCAGCCUCCGCUCGCCCCUCAGCCGUCAGGACCGCAGCCGGCUGCUCUGGGACGACGUGUCCGUCAUUGAGGAGGACACCAGCAAGGUCAACGCCCUCCAACUGCGCCUGGACGAAUCACAGAAAGUCCUGCUCAAGGAGAGAGAGGACAAGCUGUCUCUCAGUAAGAGCAUUGAGAAGCUGGAGGCUGAGCUCAGCCAGUGGAAACUCAAAUACGAGGAACUCAGCAAGACCAGGCAGGAGACCCUCAAACAGCUGAACCUACUGAAGGAGGUGCACCAGGACGAGCUGGGCCGCAUGUCCGAGAACCUGGAGGAUGAGUUGGGCGCCCGCUCCAGCAUGGACAAGAAGCUGGCUGAGCUGCGAGGGGAGAUGGAGAGGCUGCAGGCGGAGAACGCGGUGGAGUGGGGGCGUCGGGAGCGCCUGGAGACGGAGAAGCUGACGCUGGAGCGCGACAACAAGAAGCUGCGCACGCAGAUCGAGGACCUGGAGGAGCAGCUGGCGCGCAAACGCAGGCAGGCAGCCAGCGCCCUCGACACCGACCUCAAGAGCAUCCAGAGCGAGCUCUUCGAAAGGAGCAAGGAGCUAUCAGACAUGCGGCACGUCCACUCCAAGUUGAAAAAGCAAUACCAGGAGAAGAUGGCGGAGCUGGCCCACGCCAACAGGAGAGUGGAGCAGCACGAGGGGGAGGUGAAGAAACUGCGACUGCGCGUUGAGGAGCUCAAGAAGGAGCUGGCCCAGGCAGAGGACGAGCUUGACGAUGCUCACAACCAAACCAGGAAGCUCCAGAGGUCCCUGGAUGAGCAGACCGAGCAGUCGGAGAACACCCAGGUGCAGCUUGAACACCUGCAAUCCAGGCUGCGUCGGCAACAAAACCCAUCUCUGUUUGAUAAGAUUCGGAGCGCCAGGUUCAGCACUGAGGACCCAAAUGAGGUGGCCAGCGAUCCUGACGAGGAGGAAGAGCUGCAGAUCCAGAUUCCUUAAUGGACAGGCUCUCCGUGAGGCGUCAGCGACCUCAAACGCACGCGCGCACACACACACACACACACACACACACGGGCCAGAUGACCUUCUGAGAGCGCUGUUACUCUCGUCAGUGGCUGAUAAACUGGUGGACCUGCUUAUAGUGCUGGUAUUGUGGACGUCUGAGAGAGGAUGGCACAUGGUUUAACUUUUUAAACUGAUGUUUGUGCCGAAUUGGAACGAUGUGUGUCAGGAGAAGGCACAUUCAAAAGCAAUAAGUAUAUUUAAAAAUGUUGUUAGGGGACCAAGCCAUUGUCACAGUUACAAUGAAUGUUAUUUAACUUUUAAUGACUGUUAUUACAUGUUCUAUUUACUUGUAUAAAUACUUGGAUCCAAUUUGUGCAGUGCUCUAGGGUGGUGUAUGCACCACUUCACCUGGUUCAUUGUAAUUGAGGUUGUAUAGUUUGAAGGGAUGAACACUGACCUCCUUACUCCCCCUUGAGAGUGUUUCUUUACAUCUGCAGGUCAAGUCUACAGUGACAGAUCUUUUUGAAGUCUCAGCAAUAAUAGAGCAAGACUUAUAGAGAAUAAUAGAGAAAAACUGUACAGAAUGUUUGCUGAUUCUGUUUAUACAAUAUCAGUGCAGUGAAAUUGCAAGCUGCUUCCAAAUGUUUGAACACAGGGGGUUACCUGGUCCACUUAUUGGAAAUGAGGACAUUAUUAUCUGAUUGAAGGGAUGUGAGGUCAUCAUUGAUCGCCCCCACGAGCAACAGCUGUUACCACGGAAACUAGAUCAUUCAGGCCGUGGAGGGAACGUGAAUCUUGAGAGAGAGAAAUGGAUAUGUACGUUUUUAAUGUAAUUUAAAAUGCUCUAGUGUUAUUUAUACAUGGGUUUGCUCAUUUCUAAAUCCAACCCUUAUUUGAUGUUGGUGUAUUGUGUCGUUGUCAACAACAGUAUAUCCACAAUGUGUUCUGAUAAAAAAAAAAGUAGCUACUGCUGACAUCUGGUCAAAACUGAUUCCACCUCCCCCUCGAGGUUGACCUCAGAUGGCAACCUACAAUCAGAUCGCAAAUACAGCAUACACCAUUGUUACAUUGUUAAAUGUAUCUGAAUUAAGAUCAACUUCUGGCAGACACCAUCACCAUAAUACACAUUAUUCUGAUA